AUGUGCCGGGAGCACAUCCAGGCAACACCAUCAUGGCAUGGUGGCCCUCACAGGAACGACUGCAUCUUCGUUAAUGUGGGCGCCGACUUAGACUCUCCCAUGGGUGGACUUGCAGUUGCACGGGUCUUGUGCUUUUUCUCUUUCAGCAAUCGGACAUCGCAUUAUCCCUGCACUGUUGUUCAUUGGUAUUCUCAUGUACUCAAGGGACAUGAUCCUGACACAGGCAUGUACAUUGUCACUCCCACAACAAAUGAUGAUGACACUCCAGAUGUCUCUAUCAUUCAUGUCGACUGCAUUUUUCGUGCUGCCCAUCUCAUUCUAGUAUAUGGACCAGACUUUAUUCCUGUCAUCAGUCCGCACGACUCAUACGACAUGUUCAACUCAUACUAUGUCAAUAAAUAUGUGGAUCAUCAUUCUUUUGAGAUAGCAUGA